CCGCUCUGCCCGCGCUCCCUCGAUGGUGGCGCCCUUUCCGCGCCCCCUUCCGGGCCGCGGAGCAUUGUGGGGCGGCAAGAUGGCGGCGCUCCGCGGUGUCCGGGCGGUUGCCAGGAGUCUUCUGCUGUCGCAGAGCUGUGGGGCAUGGAGGAGCCUCAGCACCUCAGCUGCAGUUCUGCAGAAGCCAGCCAAGGCGGAGAGCUUCAGCUCAGAGGGGGUGUUCCCAGUCACCAUGAUCCCGGGGGAUGGGGUGGGCCCCGAGCUCAUGCACUCCGUCAAGGAAGUCUUCAAGGCAGCUGGUGUCCCUGUGCAGUUUGAUGAGCACCACCUGAGUGAGGUGCAGAACAUGGCUUCAGAGGAGAUCCUGAAUCAAGUCCUUGGCUCUAUGGACAAGAGCAAAGUGGCCCUCAUUGGAAAGAUCCACACCCCCAUGGAAUACAAAGGGGAACUGGCCUCCUACGACAUGAGGCUCAGGCGCAAGCUGGACCUCUUUGCCAACGUGGUCCGUGUGAACAGCCUGCCCGGCUACAAAACGCGGCACAACAACCUGGACCUGGUGAUCAUCCGUGAGCAGACGGAGGGCGAGUACAGCUCCCUGGAGCACGAGAGUGCCAAGGGUGUCAUCGAGUGCAUGAAGAUCAUCACUCGGGCCAAGUCCCAGCGCAUUGCCAAGUUUGCCUUUGACUUUGCCACCAAGAAAGGGCGCUCCAAGGUCACGGCCGUCCACAAAGCCAACAUCAUGAAACUGGGCGAUGGGCUUUUCCUGCGCUGCUGUAAAGAGGUGUCUGAGUUGUAUCCCAAGAUUAAAUUUGACACCAUGAUCAUAGACAACUGCUGCAUGCAGCUGGUGCAAAACCCUUACCAGUUCGACGUCUUGGUCAUGCCCAACUUGUACGGCAACAUCAUCGACAACCUGGCGGCCGGCCUGGUGGGUGGGGCCGGUGUGGUUCCUGGAGAGAGCUACAGCGCCGAAUACGCCGUCUUUGAGAUGGGUGCCCGUCACCCCUUUGCUCAGGCAGUGGGCAGAAACAUCGCCAACCCCACGGCCAUGCUGCUCUCCUCGGCCAACAUGUUGAGGCAUCUCAACUUGGAAUACCACUCCACCAUGAUCUCGGACGCCGUCAGGAAGGUGAUCAAAGUUGGCAAAGUGCGGACGCAGGACAUGGGCGGUUACUCGACCACCUCUGACUUCGUCAAGUCUGUGAUUGACCACUUGCACCCCCACUACGGGGCCUAGGGCUGGCCUGGCCCUCGGCUGCUCCCCACCCGGCCCCCCCAGCACACGGGCGCCACAGACACCUCCUCCCUCGGGGCUGCCUGUCUCGGAAGAGAUCUGGGCGUGCUCUCCCUUGCGUCUCAGAUCUGAAGCUGGCCGGUCCCUACUGGGGAGGGAAUGUUUUCUUGCCCACCCCCCAAAUCUCUUAACCCUGGGUAUGGGCCCCAUAGAUGAAUUGAGGACACUCCUCGGUGCUGUGAGCCUUUGGGAACUGCUCCAGGCCUGGGGUCCCCAGGCAGGCCUCCCCCUGGAGCCCCCCACAAAGACUUGCCCAUAGUUUUGAAAGCAGGCACUCUUGAGAGGCUGGGGUCCUUCAGGCUGCUCUGCCCCCUCCCAUUCCUCCUCUUUUUCUGGGUGGAAAUACCCCCCCCCCUUCCCACUGAAGCCCAGGCUGGAACUGGCCUUGGUCCCCCUUUCAAGGGAAAGAGGUUUAUCCUGCCCAUAGUCCCUUUUCAGCAAAGCUGAGCUCUGCAGGUGAUGCUGUGACCUUUGUGGGGAAGGGUCCCAGUCCCCCCACCUUGCUGAGGAGGGUACCUUUUGUGGCUAGACCCUUGGUUCCUGCAGUUCUGACACAGGAGGAGGAGUGCUCUGUGUGUGAGAGAGAGGGGUGGGGAGGGUAAAAAGGAGAUUUUGUUACAGCUGUGGUCCCUUGCAGAAUCAUGACAGCCCAGCACCAGUCUCUGCAAAUGGACCUUUAGGCCCACGGAAAUCCAGGUCGUGGGGAUUUGUCGGAAUCUGCCUGUGGUGGUUUGACCCCCAUGGGGGUUGUCUCAUUUUGAGGCCAGCUGGCUGUGUUGGCGUGAGCGCGUGGGCAGAGAAUCCCACGUGUGCUCAGCUGUCAUCAUACUCCAUAUUAAUUGUGAAUAAAACCGUUGUGGAUUUUCUGCA